CCAUCACUCUCUAUCAUGGCUUCUUCUAACAGACACUGGCCAAGCAUGUUCAAGUCCAAACCCUGCAACACUCAUCACCAAUGGCAGCAUGACAUCAACCCUUCUCUUGUUUCAAGUGGUUGUCAAAGAAACCCACACACUUCAGUGCCUGGAAGUGAAGAUAAGAGUCCAGAGCCAAAGCCAAGAUGGAACCCUAAACCAGAGCAGAUAAGAAUUUUAGAAGCUAUAUUCAACUCAGGAAUGGUUAACCCUCCAAGAGAUGAAAUCAGGAAGAUAAGAGCUCAACUUCAAGAGUUUGGCCAAGUGGGUGAUGCCAAUGUCUUCUAUUGGUUCCAGAACAGGAAAUCAAGGAGCAAACAUAAGCAGCGCCACCUUCAAACUACCAAGUCUCCGGUUGAACCAGCUUCAACAACCACUGUUUCGGUACCGGUUCAGGCCAUCGCUGCACCAUCAUCAUCGUCUUCGUCUUCGUCUGAGAAAUCUCCUCCUAGGAGGAUCAACAAGAGCAUAGCUAAUCAAUCUUACUAUUUCCAGCCUCAAGUAGACCUUUCUUCUCAUGAACCAUUCUUCUUUCCGGUCCAACCUCAUGAAAUCUCCUUCUCUGAAAUUUCCAAUCUGGUUCAAUUCCCGGAUCAAUCGGUUGGACCUUGCUCGGCUGGGCUACUAUUGAGUGAACUAAUGAACCAAGGUGGUCUUCCAAAGAAAGACGAGCAAGUAAAGAUGAUGAAGGUAGAUCAAGAACUGAACCCAUUUGCUACAGCCACUACUAGUACUGUCACUUCCAUCAAUUCUAUCUCUCCCACUACCACUGGUUCGACCACUCUCAAUCAUAUUCAUGGAGGGGUGGCGGUGGUGGGCGAAGGAGGUGGAAUGGCUCCGGUUGCUGCGGCGAAAACGAUGGUUUUUAUAAACGACGUGGCUUUCGAGGUGGGUGGUGGAGGAAUAGUUAACGUUAGAGAGGCAUUUGGUGAUGAUGCUAUACUCAUCAACUCUUCUGGUCAACCUAUUCUCACUAAUGAAUUUGGUGUAACUCUUCAAUCUCUUCAACAUGGUGGUUUCUAUUAUGUGGUUUGGGAGAAUGGUCGAUGCUGAGUGGAAGGAGUUCGAUCUGCAUGAAUCAA